AUGCCUGCUGCACCAGCGUACAUCAUCUCUCGCGUUGCAGACCCGAUUUUCGGUGUUCUGAUCGGCCUCUCAGCGGCUGCUACCAGGAUCAAUCGUGAGGAGAAGGAUAAAGGUCGAACAACUCAACAGAUUCUUGAGGCUGCGCGACGACGAGUCGGGCUUUCUUCCAAGUCUUCUUGA